UGUGGCGCCGGGGCCGAGUCGCCUGGACCGCAGCUCCGCGCGUCUGCAGCGGGCCCGCGCAGAGGCUACAGCUCCCGCGCGAACUCUGAGAGACCCGAGGAGAGGUCAGGGUCAGAGGAGCGUGCUCGGCACGGCGCCGACUGCCGGAGCCGGGACCCGCUGAGCCGACAGCAACACAAUGGCACGACUGGAAAUUUUAGCUUCAGCGGCAGUGCUGCUGCUGGCCGGCUGCGUCACAGGGACUGUAUUUCACGCGAUGGACGCCUGCCCCGGCAUAAUUCUCUGCGACCAGCUAGACGAGAACUUCAACAUAUCCGGAGUAUACGUCACCGACACACUGCAGGAGAUGUACUGUCACAUGGAGUCGGGCCGGUGGACCGAGGUGCUGCGCCGCGGUCAGGACGCCGCCCACGCCCCUCUGCCGGCGGCUGACCACCAGACGUUUGCCGACCCCGAGAUUAUGGUCACCGGCUUCGGAGAACCGGGCACCGGGGAGUUCUACAUCGGGAACGAUAACCUAACCCAGAAGGUGGCCGUGCCGCUCCGUCUGAAGGUGGAGCUGCUCGGUCAGGACGAUGUCCGAUACUUCAGCGUGUUCGACGGCUUCUCGGCGACCGGCAACCCACUGCAGCUGACUCUGGGAUCGCUGCAGUACCGGAUGGGAACUGCCGGUGACGGCGGCCUGGCCGCCCUAGACGGAGCCGUGUACAAUGGUGCCUGCGCACCAACAGCGUGGUUUGGACUGACUGAGCCCUGCGACCUUACCGCCUCUCCGGGCCCGGCCCUGACGAUGCCCCUGAUUGCGGAAAACCAGCGGGACGGACGCACACCGUGGCCUACGCUGCCUGUCGAGCUGAAGGCCGUCUCGAUGCAGCUGCAUACCCAGCCUCCUACCGACGCCUGUCUGGGCCUGGAUCAGCACUUUGCCUUCCACGGAGACGUCCUCACCACCAUUGAGGACACGGUGCCCAGCUCCGUGAGACCCGGGCAAUCUUUCACCAUCUCGUGCAAAAACACGUCUUGGAUUCUUCCGACUGUGCUGAGCUCGAUGAGCGAUAUCCCAAACUCCGUGACGUUCACAUGCGGACCUGACGCAGCCGACCCCACCGUGGUAGCCAUGGACAAUCACCCGCUCAUCCCCGGAAAACCGUGCAUGGCGCCGUGUCCCGACGGCUACUCCCUGUACAUCCCGGGGCAGACGACUCCGUCGCUGAGCAGCGCGCCGGAACGGGCCACUUGUCUGUCGCCUCCCUCCACCGAGCCGGCCAGGUCACUGGUCGAGGCCGCCCAGCUGUGCGGUCAGCGGGGAGAACAGCUACUCGACUUCGGUCCGGACGUCAGCUACCUGCCCGGACUGGACACCACACAGCCACUCUGGAUAUGGAUGCUACAGGAGUCCCCCGGCACUGUCACGCAGUUAAACUCUCGUGAAGAGCAGAGCGGUCAAAUCAACCGGGCCUCGGCCAUGUGUGGGCAGCUGUCCUACAGCGCCUCCCCGGCCACAGUGCAGUCUGCCGAGUGUCACGCCGACACGCUCGGCUCCAACAACUACAAAAACUACGUCUGCAUGACCGCAGUGGGCUGCGGGCCGGACGCUGUGUUCCACCGCGGCUUCUGCUACCACUACGACUCUACGGCGACAGCCGCCGACCACGUGAGCACGUGCACCCGCCGGAGAGGCUCCACUCCGGCCGACUACACGGCCGAGUUUGUGGCCGAGGCGCUGCCGAAGCUCGGUGUACCGACCGACGGACAAACCCCCUUCGUCGGCAUCUACAAGCGGUACGGCAAGUUCUGGCGGCCCGACGGCACUGUGGUGCCCGUCACGGAGUUUGUCGGCGACUCGUACGGAGACGACACACUGCAGUGUGCCGCAGUUCUGCCCACCGACCCCACCAAGCUGGAACCGGUGAACUGCGCGACGGACACAGACCACAUCGGAGUCAUCUGUCAGACGCCUGGCUACGGCACCGUCUCCAACGAACUAUGCUCGGUGCGCUACGACCAGCUGCUGAACGCCAGCUCCAGCGGGCCGGCACCUACGGUGACCCGAGCCGGCUCCAUGCCGACGGCUGUCACCGGCGACGCCGUCACAUUCACCUGUCCAGACGGCUACAACGUGCACAACGUGACGGCGCUGCACGCCAUGACGCUGACCUGUGGCGGACUGCAGAGCGGCUGGCAGUACCCCGCCGAGUUGGACGUCGCGCUGCACGGCAUGCCCGUCGAGUGCGUGUUUGCGUGUUCCAUCACGGAGGCCUCGAGACCGCGAAACUCGGAGCUGGUGACGGUUGGCCAGGACAGUGUGUUCCGAUGCUCGGGAUACAUGCAGACGGCCGACGGAAGCACAGAACAGCUAGCCGUCUGCGACCAUACGACUGCCGCGCUGGCAGCGGGCCUGCAGCCCUGCGACCACUGCCUCGGCGCUCCUCUGAUCCCCGGCCCGAACUCCACGGUGGUGAGCAGCUGGGACGACACCUCGCGCCUGGAGGGCACCGUCGUCAACUACACCUGUGUGGCAGGCCUGCAGACCCCCGACGGCCUGACCGUGCAGAACCAGACCUGCACCUCCAACGGCUGGGUGGGAGAGGUGGUGCCCUGCUCCUACUGCGUGCCACUGGACGAAGAGCGCCUACUGCCUGCCGUGUCCACGCUGUCGGGACCACAGGCGUUCGGUGCCCUGGCAAACCUAUCCUGUCCAGCGGGACUGCAGUCGAGCGACGGCAGCCUCAGCACCAGCGCCUCCUGCCUCCCCUCCAGCUGGGAGUGGUGCCUACCCGACUUCAACUGCUCCUUCUGCUCCGGAAACCCCCCUAACGUCAGCUCUAUGAUCACCAUCACGUCUGACUGGGACGGCACACUGCGCGAGCUCGGCACUACGGUCCUCUACACGUGCGCCGCCGGCCUGGAGGCAGUCGAUGGAUCCACUCAGCAGACGGCCAACUGUACCGGUGUCGGCUGGGUGGGGGAUGUGCUGCCCUGCGAUGUAUGCUCCAAUCCGCCGAACGGCAGCCACCCCACCAUCAGCACCACAUUAGAGACCGGCGGAGGCACCCUCGGCGCGUCUCUGGAGUUUGUCUGUAACGACGGCCUUAGCGUGGAGGAUGGCAGCACCAGAAUCACAUCAGUCUGCACAGAGACCGGGUGGACCAACUGCUCGCAGGACAUCAAGUGCGAGUACUGCACGCCGCUUCCACACCUGCCGGACGGCACGAUGAACUGGGGCAGCUACGCCGGCGAGACGGCACUGGACACAGAGGUCACCCUGACGUGCAACCCCGGCCUGGCCGUCGCCGGCUCCCUGGCCAAGACGCAGACGGUGGUGUGUGGUCUGAACGGCUGGAACCACACGGCAGUCCAGUCCUGCACCGUGUGUGACCAGGACCCUCCGGUCCCGUCGGCGAGCAUGUCGCUGUCGUGGGCACUGGGAGACAGCCAGGCGGUGUACCAGUGUCCCAAUGACACGAUGCUACCCUGGGGAGAGGUCACCUACCUGAUGCAGUGCUCGCCAGACGGCUGGUCAGACUGCGUACCUGAGUGCACCGCCUGCGUUUUCCCGCCUGCCGCCGGCCCGGGUGCCGUGCUGGUCUCCAUGAACGUCAGCCGCGGAGGCAUCAGCCGUUACGAGUGUAACGCCAACCUGACGUCGGCCGGCCCCACCGAACUGGAGCUCACGUGCGGGGAGACGGGCUGGACCGAAGCAGAGAUGAUCGUCUGUGAUAUGUGCAACGGCAACCUCACCGAGGCGGGUCCGUCUCAGAACCGUACCGGAAACACCACCGGUCUACUGGGUAGCUCGCUCACAUACGAGUGUAUCCAUACGAUGGGCACGGUCGACGGCAAGACAGAACAGACGAUGGCGUGUACCGAACAGGGGUGGACGCGGCCGCCGGAGCCGUGCGACCACUGUCCACUGCCGCGGAUGCCGGACGGAGUCAACCAGACGUGGGACCUGCCGGAGAACCUGACGUCACAGUGGGUGCCGAUCGGCACCAACGUCACCUUCUACUGCUCCAACGUCACCGCCACGCUGGCGUCCAACAGCACCGAGCAGACUCUGAACUGCACGGCCGAGGGCUGGAGCGGCACCGUGGAGCCGUGCGUCUCCUGUCUGGACGACAUCCCUGACCCGGGGAACGGCACCGAGGCGCGCAACGUGACCUGGGACGAAGGGAGACACGAGGGUGCCGUGGUACUCUACACCUGCCAGAACGGCGCACAGCACGAGAUCCGCUGUGUGGACCGCCAGUGGCUGCCGGCGGAGCUGGGACCCUGCGCAUGACAAAACCGUCGACGUGGGUGUUUCGGAUGUCUUGUGCUUGAUUUCUUACCGAGUUUUACAGAGGGAUGAAGAAAUAGAGUUGCAAAGUCGGCAGUUGAACAGCUGUGUUCAAAAGAAGCUGACACCAACAGCGUCAAACAGCCAAGUCAGAGCUGAGAACGGCGUCAAGUGAAGAACAACAAGACUCGAGACAUCACCAGUCAACCGCUGCGAUCACGGCCGCAUGUGUGACAGAAUAAAUGGAGAAAUUGCACAAAGUGCCGAGGCCUGCGAUCUAAAGACGUGCAGCGAGCAAACACCCAAACGAAGUGACCAUGACUGCAGACAGAAGAGCGGCCGACAUCUCCACAAAACCAAUCACCAGGCUUCCGCCCAACCUGGAAGAAGUGGUUUCUAAAGUACCCAUGGUCUAUAGAAAUAUACAACUCCUGUAUU